GAAAAGAAGAAGCGAAGAAGACCGGCCAGGGAUAUAAAAAUAUCCAGAGCAGCCCGCGGUGCGGGGUUUUGCUUUCUUCGCCUGGCCCGCGACGACAGACACACAGGAGAAGGGGAUCAGGGGACUGCUCGCCCGCACGCACGCACGCCAAUGGCAGGUGCGCCACCAAAACCGUGGGAGCGUGCUGGGGCCGAGGGAACAUCUGGUCCAGCACCAUUCAAGCCACCGUCUGGUGGCAGCACUAGCGAUGUCGUCGAAGCUUCUGGUACAGCUAAACCUGGAGAGACAAUUGCUGCUACAACUGCCAAUGUAAGUAACCCUGUCUCCAGGACUAUGCCCCAACGUCCUUGGCAGCAGCAGACAGGCUAUGGAAAUUCUUACGGAGGAGCAGGAUAUGGGUCCAAUAUGUAUAGUUCACUUGGUGGAUAUGGCAAUACUUAUGGUAGCGGUGGGAUGUAUGGAAAUAGCAUGUACUCAAGCUAUGGAGGAGGUGGUGGCCUCUAUGGAGGUUCUGGGAUGUACGGUGGAGGCAUGUAUAACAGUGGGAUGGGAGGCUCUUACGGUGGUUACGGCAUGGGCGGUAUGGGUGGCAUGGGCGGAAUGGGUGGUAUGGGUGGCAUGGGCGGUAUGGGUCCUUACGGUAAUCCGGAUCCGAAUUCAUUUGGCCCUCCCGCAGCGCCACCAGGUUUCUGGGUCUCCUUCCUACGAGUGAUGCAUGGUGCCGUCAGUUUCUUUGGGCGAGUUGCAUUCCUUGUUGAGCAGAACACACAAGCCUUCUAUUUAUUCAUUACAGCUAUGUUGCAGCUCUUCGAUCGGUCUGGUAUGCUUUACGGCGAGCUUGCAAGAUUUGUCUUGCGCCUGCUAGGAGUCCGAACAAAGUCAAAGAAGGGCCGUGUUCAGGGUCCAGAGGCCCCGGCAUUCGAGGGUCCUGGCCAGCAGUUUCUCGAGGCACCAAAAGGCAACAACUCGUGGGACAGUGUUUGGGGAAACUAAGAUAUGCAUUGCCUUUUAAAUUUAUGUAGAAACAUACAGUUUGUGAAGGAAAGGUUACUGAAGCUUGCAUUGUCAGAGGUGAACCAGAAACCGAAGGAGAGUAGAUGUUAAAGACGUAUUAUCUGUUGGUUAGCGGAAAACAGAAAGAGCUAUUCUAUUGCCUCUGUGAUUGCCCUUUCUGAUUGGCUUAAUCUGGUUUGAGCGUGGUGAAGUCUGGUUUGCUGCAGGAUGCAGUUGUACUAUUAGUUUAGUAUAUCUCCGUUGUUUGUAUCUCUGGUGGGGGGUAAAUAAUACCUGUAAUCUUGAAAAGAAUGGAGCAAAAUGCGUCGUGUUCCCUUUUUUCUACUCGUACAUCGAUUUGUAAUUGGAGCUGGUCUUGAAAGAUAAUGACAACGCUUUAGUGAGGAAUCCGGUGCCAA